AUGGAGUGCUCCUGGAAGACAGUGCUGCUGCUGGUGUGUGCAUCUAUCGGGGUCCAGUACACCGCCAUCCGCACCUUGAGGGACUCUCUGUCUGGACCCUGUCAGGGAGCCUACCACUGCCGGACCAGAAAACCCCGAGACUCAAAGUGGAGAGCCUUGUGUGAUGACAGCUGGGUGCCCACAGAGUCUUCUCAGAAACACAUCCUACUGUUUGCCACCACACGCAGCGGCUCCUCCUUCACCGGCCAGCUCCUUAACCAGCACCCAGGGGUCUUCUAUGUGUUUGAGCCUCUCUAUCACGUUCAGCAGGCCUUCACCAACUCGAGCAGCAGACUACGUCGAACGCUGGACCGUCGGGCCCUGCUGGGGGCUUACAGAGAUCUCCUCCUCAACCUUUACACAUGUGACCUGCGCUUCAUAGAGAACUACAUCCGCCCUGAGCCUCAGGAUCACGUCACAGGCGCCUUCUUCCGCCGCAGCUCCAGCCACGCCCUCUGCUCCCCCCCCGUGUGCCCUGAAGGUGCGGCUCGGAUAGCGAAGGGCUCACCCGAUGAAAUCUGGUGCCCUAAGCAAUGUGGGGCACUAAACCUCACCCUGGCUUCUUUGUCCUGUCUGUCUAGGGGAAACGUUGCCAUAAAGACAGUACGGGUACCGGAAGUGGGGGACCUGCGCACCCUGACUGAGGAUCCUCGACUGGACCUAAAGAUUAUCCAUCUGGUGCGGGACCCCAGGGCCAUCCUCGCCUCACGAAUGAUGGCGUUCUCCGAUCAGUUUCGCGCCUGGAAAGUAUGGAACGCCACAGGACGGCAGCCACGAUAUGUGGACCUGUCCCAGAUCACUACUACCUGCAAAGACAUGUUGGCCUCAACAGAGACAGGCCUCCAAAGGCCGACAUGGUUACGGGGCCGCUACCUACUGGUACGGUACGAGGACCUGGCCUUCAACCCCAUGGAGAAAGCCACUGAAAUAUACAGGUUCGUGGGUUUGGAGAUGGGGGACAGGGUGCGGUCAUGGAUUGCGCAUAACACCAACAGCAAUGGAUCGCCUCCAUCUGAGUGGAACUACAGGUACUCCACCACCAGAGACUCCCGAGUGACAGCAGAGACCUGGAGGCUUCGUCUGGGCUUCGAUAUAGUCAGGACUUUACAGGAUUUGUGUAAUGAUACCCUUACCCUCCUGGGUUACAAGCAGGUCCACUCUCUGGCCGAGCUUAGAAACAUCUCCCUUAGUUUAGUGGAACCGAGGACCUUUCAACCCAUGCGAUGA